AUGCGUCCUUCGAAUUUCUUCUUUUGGCUCAUGAACAUCCCCCUCCUCAUGUCCACUCUCACUCACCACAAGUGCUUUUGGAGAAUGAAAGAGAAUGAAGACAAACAUGAAGAUGUGGUGAGAAGCUGUUUAUUUUUCCUUGCUGCAGUUCAGAGUCCCAUGAAAAAAGAGAAUUUCAGUUUUGUUCUGGAUGUGCCAAUACCAAUUCGAAACUAUCAGUUUGUUCUGCCUUUUGCUUUUGCUGUGGAAGAAAUCAACAGGAAUCUGUAUCUUCUACCAAAUGUAUCUCUUAUAUUUGGCUUCUUCCAUAACAAUUAUGAUGAUAAACAGGGACUUCAAAAUUUCAUAAACAAGUUUGCAGAAGUGCAUAUUUUUCUCCUUAACUACAUCUGUGAAGAUCAGAUCAAAUGUAUAGUAGCAAUAACAGGACCAAUGUUAGUGACAUCUGUGAGGGUGACUCCAAUUCUCCAGCUCUACAAAUAUCUUCAGCUCACCUAUGGACCUUUCCAUCCUAUCCUGAGUGAUCAUGAACAGUUUCCCAAUCUGUAUCAGAUGGCCCCCAAGGACACAGCUCUGGCCCUGGCCAUGGUCUCUUUGAUGAUUCACUUCAACUGGAACUGGGUUGGGCUGGCCAUCUCAGAUGAUGACCAAGGUCUCCAAUUUCUCUCAGAUCUGAGAGGAGAAUGUGAAGUCCAAAGAGUCUGCUUAGCCUUUGUGAUCAUGAUCCCAGUCAACAUGGAGUUAUACAUUUCAAGAGCUGAAGUGUAUAACAACCAAAUUGAGACAUCAUCCACAAAUGUUGUUAUCAUUUAUGGUGACAUAGACAGUACUCUAGCUGUGUGCUUUAGAAUGUGGAAAUCACAGGGUAUGCAGAGAAUAUGGGUCACCACCUCACAGUGGGAUACCACUACAAGUAAGAGAGACUUCACCCUUGACUCAUUCCAUGGGACUCUUGCUUUUGCACACCACCAUGCUGAGAUUUCUGGUCUUAAAAAUUUUGUUCAGACACUGAACCCUUCCAAAUACACAGACAAGUUCCUGGCAGGACUGGGGUGGAUGUACUUUAGCUGUGAAGCCUCAACAUCUAACUGUAAGACACUGGAGAACUGCUCUUUGAACGUCUUACUGGAAUGGUUAAUGCUACAGAGUUUUGACAUGGCUUUCAGUGAUGAUGCUUAUGAUAUAUACAAUGCUGUGUAUGCUAUGGCUCAUGCUCUCCAUGAAAUGCUUCUUCAACAAGUAGAAAACCAGCCAAUCAACACUGUGAGAGCACUGGAUUCUGACUGCUCACAGCUUCACCCAUUUCUGAAGAAUAUGCACUUUGUUAAUCCUGCUGGAGAUGUAAUAAAUAUGAAUCAGAAAGAAAAACUGCAAGCAGAGUAUGGCAUUUACUACAUUUGUAAUUUCCCCCAUGAUGUUGGACUUAAGGUGAAAAUAGGAGAGUUUAAGCCAUAUUUUCCACAUGGUGAACAGCUGCAUUUAUAUGAAGACAUGAUAGAGUGGGCCACAGGAACUAGACAGGUGGAUAGGGAUCAGUGUAUGAAGUGUCCAGAGGACCAGUAUGCCAAUGCAGAGCAGACCCACUGCCUGUACAAAGAUGUGACCUUUCUGGCCUUUGAAGACCUCUUGGGGAUGACUCUAUCCUGUAUGGCCUUGGGUUUGUCUGCAUUCACAGUUCUGGUUCUUGGGAUCUUUGUGAAGCACCAAGACACUCCCAUUGUGAGGGCAAAUAACCUCACUCUCAGCUACAUCCUGCUCAUCUCCCUCAUCUUCUGUUUCCUCUGCUCCCUGCUCUUCAUUGGCCAUCCCAACUCAGCUACCUGCAUCCUGCAGCAAAUAACAUAUGGAGUUUCAUUCACUGUGGCCCUUUCCACUGUGUUAGCCAAGACAAUUACUGUGGUUUUGGCUUUCAAAGUCACAACUCCUGGAAGAAGGAUGAAGUGGCUCCUGGUAUCAGGGGCACCAACCUACAUCAUUCCCAUCUGCACCAUCAUUCAAAUUAUUCUCUGUGCAAUCUGGCUGGGAGUUUUUCCUCCCUCUGUUGACAUUGAUGCACAUUCUGAGCAUGGCCACAUCAUCAUUGUGUGCAACAAGGGCUCAGUAACUGCCUUCUAUUCUGUCUUAGGAUACCUGGGCUCUCUGUCCCUGGGGAGUUUCACUGUGGCUUUCUUGGCCAGGAAUCUCCCUGACACAUUCAAUGAAGCCAAAUUCUUGACAUUCAGCAUGCUGUUGUUCUGCACUGUCUGGGUCACAUUUCUCCCUGUCUACCACAGCACCAAGGGCAAGGUCAUGGUGGCUGUGGAGGUCUUCUCCAUCUUAGCCUCCAGUGCUGGCUUGCUGGGAUGUAUCUUUGUCCCCAAGUGCUACAUCAUUUUGAUAAGACCAGAGAGAAAUUCUUUACAAAAGUUAAGGGAGAAAACAUUUUCCAGAACUCACAUUUCAUAA